GAUCUAGCAUAGUCUCAUGCAAUGUACAAGUUGGAGUGGGGUUAAUGCUGAGAUGCCUGUUCAGCUGAGCGUGUGCACUGUUGGCAUUCCCACUGAAGGCAGUGGGAGCCAGUUGGGACUUUUUAUCUUUGUGGUUUUGUCUCAGUUGGGAUAACUGUGAUUUGUUUUCAUCAAGAGCCUUAGAUGUUUGCUGGUGGUCUUUAGAUAACUUGAAAGAGGAAAGAAAAAAUUGUGGCUAAAUACUAUUGCAUUAAACAGAAAAAUGCAAUUACUGUAAUAAAAGAGCCAAGGUGGAGCAUCCCUUCCAUGCUGACUGUUCUUGUGAUGGACUUUCUGAGAGUUUGCCUUAAUGCAGUGUUUGCAAAAGUUUGACAGAAUUAUUACUAAAUAUACAAUGGCAGUAGUGCAGACACUUGUCUAUUUAAAUUUAAGUGGUAAUACCAAUGUUAGGAGAGUCAAGGCAGCUAUGGAGACUAUGCUUCGACUGAUAAACCCAUGACUGAAAGAUGGAAUAAAACUUGUUCACUGUUUUGUUAGUCUUGGUGAAAAAUGUUGAUGGAGUUUUGGGGGUGGUUGUGUUUUUCCCUUGGUUGUGUGUGUGGAGCGCAGUAAAUGAAGGCCUUGCAUGUUCAGUCGUUGCUGUGUCUGGCUGUUUGCAUUACUCUUCUAGAUUCGUGUUUGCUUUUGUUGAUUUAAGCCUGAUUGUCUCUGCAUGUUUUGGCAGAAUAACCAUUUUUGGCGCUGUGCUCCUGUCCCUUGAGCGAGCCUGCUUCUGUCAUGCCCUUCAAACACAUUGUUGUGCAUCGUAAGCUGUUUCCCUUUUCUCAGCUAGUGAGACCCUGGCUUUGCUCCACAAUGUGCUGUCCUCAGAGCUGCCAGACCCACCUGUGAGAGUACUCUCCACUGGGAGAACACCCAGAAGGAGCAUCCAGAGGGAAGGGCCCAUGAACCAACCCAAAAAGCAUGCUGGUGUGCCCGACCUGGUCAAGCCCGGUCCAAGUAUGAACACUGUGUGUUGGACAGAGCGCGGCCUUGCCCACUACAGCUUGGUCCCAGGCCUACCACACCCAGUGUGUUGCCUCAUGACAAAGCCUCCUGUUGGAUUCAGGCUGGAUUAAACUCCCAUUGUGCAGCUGUGUGUUGAAAGCAGGGCUCAUGAGCCUUAUCCCUGCUUGGGACUGAUAGCAGAGGUUGUCCAGGUAGGCAUAAACACCCCUGUCUGUCUGGGAAGUGUGCAGGGCACUUGAUCAGCGUGCAGGCAUGCAGCAAUUCAGGAUAGCAAAGGAAGGGAAUAGCCUCCUGGAAUGCAGUCCAUGAGCAGGAAAACGCAUAAUUAAAAUGUGCAUAACUAGCUUGUGUUUUUCCCUUAACAUGUGAAGUGGUUAGAUGUAAUCCUGCAGAUCACUGGGGAGAGAGCAGUGGAGAGGGAGAACUGGAGCUGACCAGUUAUUAGGGCAUCUAUUAGAAGCUUUUUGGUUUUAAAAUAUAAAAAUUGUGAAAUGUUGUUAUUGCUUGGGGCUCACAGUUGAGAAAGGAACUUGCUGGAGUGAAGGGUGUAGCUCCUCUUUGGUGAGAGUCAGGUUGUUGAUGUCCAUGUAUGUUAUUGAACUGGGCUUUUCCAAUAAUCUGCUCCAGUAUCCUUCGGAGACCAGUCCUAGUCAUUCCAGGCUGCCUGCCUCCAAGGAAGUUAGACGGUGUUUGGGGCUGUGGAGAGUGGUUUAGUAUAAGAAAUGUGUUUGACAAGUAUGUGCUAGAGACCUCCAAGCACAUGGUGUAAAAAGUGCAGUUGUUCUCAUUAUGCACAGUCACUUGAUGGAGAGGCAGAGAUAGGCUUUUCUGGCAGUAGUGAAGGGAUCUCCUGAUACAGGAGGCAACAGCUUACCUGCUCUUUCAGUCUGUGUUUCCUCAAUGCCUGUGCUUUGCCAGCUCUGGACUUCUGCCCCACAGCUCCAGCCAGCAAUCCAGGCCUUGUGGAUACCAGUGGGCUGCCUUGCUUCCUAGAGCUGUGCAUGGCCAGGCUGAAUGGAAAGGGAUUAGCACACCCCUCAGGCUUGCAGAGUCUGGGAUCAAAGGCCUCUUGCUGGCAGUCACUGAUGGAGAAUAUCAUCCAUUAUCUUUGUGUCUGAUCACUUCCUAAUCUCAGCACUAGCUGUUUGAACAGUUCCUCUUCAGGAUGGUGGGGACUGAGGGACAGGGAGGACCAGGGGAGGAACACUAGCAGAGCAGGGGCUGAUCCCUGGACCCUGACCUCCAGAGUAGUAUCCUGAGGCUGAAUAUCCUCCUGGAAGUAACACAACACCCACAUUGCGAAGGGAAGGAAACGCCACGUUUCCACAACAUGUAAAUUUUCAUUUUGCUCACCUCUGUUUUGCUGGUUUUUGUUCCUCUGCUCUGUCAGAUUCUGGGUCUCACUCUAAAACUGUACCUUUGCCUGCGCAAUUGUGCCCACAGGUAAUAGGAAACCAGGGUUUCAAAAGAAAACCUGAUCCCAUUGCUAGAUAAUAGCAGUUUCCUAAAUAAAUGUGUGGUUGCCCGGGGGGGUGAGGUUGUUGCCAGAUGCACCUUUUCUUGAUUGGUGAGAACAAGAGAUGACGCUUCCUGGCGUAUAAGUGCAAGAGAAAACACGGGAGCACAGAUAAGCACAGCAGGCGAGCCACCUGGAAAGAAGAGCUGAGAAGGUGUCAAAGCAGCUGCCUGCCAUGGCAUUUGGAAUGCUAAUCUAUAUUUUGCUGAAAGCAACGGGGGCACUGAGUGAAGAGUCAGCUAUUACUGCUUCAUCCCUCAGCACAGACUUAUGGAAUAAUUGGACAAAAAACAACGCUGAAGUGGAUUACACAGAGCAGCCGAAGCUCUUGAAGCUCAUGCAGACCUGCCUUGAGGAACACCACAGCUAUUGUAUCAACGGGCUCUGUGCCUUCCACAGCGAGCUGAGGAAACCCAUAUGCAAGUGCCUUGCAGGUUAUAAUGGAGAAAGGUGUGAACAUUUAACACUAAAUUCAUAUGCACAUGAUUCUUACGAGCGCUACAUAGCUGUGGGAAUUGGUGUAGGAAUACUGACCAGUGGAAUACUUGCCAUCAUCUACUGCUACGUAAGAAAGAGAUGCAGGAAAUUGAAAUCCCCCUACAAAGUCUGCGUGGGCGAGACGGCGCUGUGAAGGUCUGGCACUGGGACACUCACCAGUUUGCCUGCAAAGGAGGGGAAGGUCUGCUGGGAAGGGCCCCCUGCACCACCCGACAGGUGCCCCAGCCUCGAGGAGGAGAUGAACUCGAGGGAAUGGCAGAGCAGGAUGUGAAGGGAACUCCUGCAGAACUGACAGGCUCCGUUUAGUGUUGAAGAAAGACCUCCUCUCCUUGGUAAAGGUGGCUCAUGCUCAGGUCCAAACAGCUGAGGGCACUGGCAGGCCUCUUGACACUUUCCUGUGGUUGGUGUUUGCCAAGGGGAGGACCUGGUUGGUUUUAGCUGUUUUCAGUCAUUUCAAGCCCUAGAACAGUGUUCUGCUUUGGUCUUUUGUGCAUUUUGUUUUCGUUUUUUGUUUGUUUUUUCUUCUUUUUUCUCCUGGAGGAAAAGUACCACCUCUCUCACAGUGGAGCUGUGUUCUGGACAUCAGGCACUGACCAGAAAACGUUUGGAUUCUGAUUUUGGUGUCUGCUGGCUGUGUGUGUGGAUAAACAUCCCUCUUCCAACCCAGCUGUUACCUCCAGUGUAAUGGGCCAAGUACAGGCUUCUGCUGCCAUAAAGGACAAAACCAAAAUGCUUUGGACUGAGGACAAUGACUGGUUUGCAAAAACUUUCUUAAACUUAGGAAUAGAGACUAAGCAAUUCCUGGAAAAUUAGAUCAUGACACCUCUGGGCGUGGCAUGCUCUUAUUGUUUUCAUGAGCAAAGGAACCAGGCAUCUUCCUCAAAAUGGAUUAUGGAGUGUGCUUCUGACAAAGAACCUUUCUCAUCCCAAACAUCAUCCAGCAGCUCCUCAGAUCCAUGGAACUUCAGGCAGAACAUUGCCUUGCUGCACCCCGAUUUCUGCACAAGACUUCAAUUUCUAGAGAAGCUGGAAUUUUUCCUAAAACUUCAGUACACAGGAAACAGACUCUACUCCAUUCUCACAUUAUCAGCACAAUGUGACCACUCAAAUAAGAAAAAAAUUAUCUUGGGGAUUUGGUUCUACCCUGGACAAACAGACUACAUAUCGGAUGCUUGGCUCUCUUCAUCUCAUUUACAAAGAAUUGCAAAGGUACAAAGAUUUUGUUCAAAGAAAAGAGAAGAAAAUUGAUUCUGAAGAUGGUGGCACUAACUGGGACUUCUCAGUGACAGCUGGAGUGUUUGCCAGUGCUGACAAGACUGGAGAUGGCUCUCAGAGGUUUUCAUUUCAACUGUUGUACGUUGUAGACUCACCUGCUGUGCUCAGUCAUCUUCCAGAGAAAGGCAGUUGGUACUUCGAGAUUUUGUGGGGUAAUAUCAGCUCCUAAAUUCAGGUGGCUUGCUGAAAGCGCAGUUUCUUUGUUAUGUGAAUUAGUUUUCACAGCAGGAGGCAUGUUGCUUGUUGAAAAAACUGUGUAUUUGUGAGACUAUGGUGACAAUUCUGAUAUGUGAAUGAAAGGUGGAGUUUGAAAGGGUUAAAAGUGCCUGUGGCACUCGA